AUGCUGCCGUGCCUGGUCAUGCAGGAGGUCCUUGAGUGGGGUCCCAAUGCUGUAUACCUGGUACAGGGUCUACUUGGCCUCUCCCGCCUCGCAGUAUUCGUCCACUUCAAGGACGACCUGGGCCUGGACCCCGCAGCCGUGGCCUUCUACACCAGUCUCAGCUACCUCCCAUGGAUGAUCAAGCCCCUGUAUGGAUUCCUGAGUGACACGGUGCCCCUCUUUGGCUACCGCCGGCGGUCCUAUCUCGUUCUGUGCGGGCUGCUCAACUGCGUGUGCUGGCUGGCGCUGGCCUGGACCUCGCCGGGCGUCUGGGCGACCGUCACGCUCCUGGUUCUGGGCUCCUUCUCCACUGCCUGUGCCGACGUGGUGGCCGACUCCAUCGUCGUGCAGCUCAAGGCCGGCAGCCUGCAGUCGCUGUGCUGGGGCUCCGCCGCGGCCGGCAGCGUGGCCAGCGCCUACUUCUCGGGCUCCCUCGUGCACGACCACGGGCCGCGGACCGUGUUUGCAGUCACGGCCCUGUUCCCGCUCCUUGUAUCGGCCGCUGCGGCCGCCAUCCCUGAGCCGCGGGUGCUGCCGGAGGGCAAGCAGACCCUGGCCCAGGCCCAGGAAAGCGCAGCGGUGCAGGCCCGGGCGCUGUGGGCUGCGGUGAGGCACCCCGCCAUCUACCUGCCCACCCUCUUUGUCUUCUCCUGGCAGACCGUGAUGACCUUUUUCCAGACCAAGCAGCUGGGAUUUAGCACCGAGUAUCUGGGGCAGAUCCGGCUGGUCGGGGCCCUGGCCUCCCUGGCCGGCGUGGGGGUCUACAACUACGGCCUCAAGGCCACGCCCCUGCGCACCAUCUUCCUGUGGACCGCCCUGCUGGGCACCGGGCUGGGCUUCACCCAGCUCAUCCUCAUCACAGGCACCAACCUGCGGUUCGGGAUUAGCAACGAGGUCUUCGCCCUGGCCGACACGACCCUGCUCACGGUGCUGGGCCAGGUGUCGUUCAUGCCGGUCCUGGUCCUCGCCUCCCGCCUCUGCCCAGAGGGCGUGGAGGCGACGCUCUUCGCCACGCUGAUGAGCGUGCUGAAUGCGGGGGGCUUCACCGGCCAGGCCCUGGGCUCCGCCCUCACCACAGUCUUCGGGGUGACAUCCGACGACUUCGGCCACCUGCCACAGCUCGUGACCUUUGUCACGCUGUGCACGCUGGCGCCCCUGCCGCUCCUGCGACUCAUUCCCCCCGCCAGCACGCUGGCCGCCGCAGAGGAGCAUGGCCGCAAGGAUGGCUGA